GAAGGGGGGCGUUGGAAAUAUCAAAUAUCUAUAAUGAUAUAUAAAAAUGAUAUUGAUAAUAUAAUCAAGUUACGUCGGAGGGUAAAGUGGUAAUUUCACAAUGCAGACUUUGGGCUCUCAAUAUAUGCGGCAAAUUCAGAGCCAAACCGUCCAAGUCCACCCGCCACAUAAGUCUUCAAACGGAGCCUUGUCUAGCGAAUGGGAGGCGGCCGCGUCAUGCUCCUCGCGGCUUUGUUUCUCCUCCUCCUGACGCCGGCGGCUUAUGGCGGUGGAGGAGGUAGAAGUGGCGGCGGAGAGUUCAGCGAAGGACAUCGGAAACUCUCGGGGAUUAUCAUUCCAGGUUUCGCGUCCACUCAGUUGCGGGCGUGGUCGAUCUUGGACUGUCCGUACUCGCCUCUGGAUUUCAAUCCCCUCGAUUUAGUCUGGCUUGACACUACCAAGCUUCUUUCUGCUGUAAAUUGUUGGCUGAAGUGUAUGUUACUAGAUCCUUACAACCAGACAGAUCAUCCUGAGUGCAAAUCACGCCCGGAUAGUGGUCUUUCAGCUAUUACGGAGCUUGAUCCAGGCUAUAUUACUGGGCCUCUCUCGUCAGUGUGGAAAGAAUGGGUGAAGUGGUGUAUUGAAUUUGGUAUUGAAGCAAAUGCUAUAAUUGCAGUUCCAUAUGACUGGAGACUGCCACCUGCCAAACUUGAGGAGAGGGAUCUUUAUUUUCAUAAAUUGAAGUUUACAUUUGAAACUGCUCUUAAGCUUCGUGGUGGGCCUGCAUUAGUUUUUGCUCAUUCGAUGGGCAAUAAUGUAUUCAGAUACUUCUUGGAAUGGUUGAAAUUAGAAAUUGCUCCUAAAGAGUAUGUCAAAUGGCUGGAUGAACACAUUCAUACUUAUUUCGCUGUUGGUGCUCCACUUCUUGGAGCAACUGAGACUGUUAAAGCAACAUUAUCAGGAGUUACAUUUGGUCUUCCUGUUUCUGAGGGAACAGCUCGACUUAUGUUCAACUCAUUUGGCUCUUCAAUAUGGAUGAUGCCAUUUUCCAAACACUGUAGAUCAGAUAAUGCAUAUUUGAGGCAUUUAUCGACUGGCAGAAAGAAGCAUUUUUCUUAUAGCUGUGAUGACCUUGAGUUUCAAACAGACUACUCUGGAUGGCCAACUAACAUAAUCAAUAUUGAGAUUCCUUCUAGUCGAGGAGAUGAAGCUUAUCCUUCACUCAUGGGAACUGCACAUGUUAAUGCAUCUGACCUGGAAUGUGGAUUUCCAACUCAGUUGUCCUUUUCUGCUCGAGAAGUUUCGUCUGGGACCUUCUUCAAAACUAUAGCUGAUUAUGACCCUGACAGUCAAAGACUUAUGCACCAACUGGAAGAGUCAUAUCACAAUGAUCCAGUUCUCAAUCCUUUAACUCCAUGGGAGAGACCACCUCUAAAGAAUAUCUUUUGCAUUUAUGGAAUAGAUUCAAAAACAGAGGUUGGUUAUUAUUUUGCACCAAGUGGAAAGCCUUACCCGGAUAACUGGAUAAUAACUGAUGUGAUAUAUGAAAUGGAAGGAUCUUUAUAUUCCAGGUCAGGAGAUCUGGUUGAAGGAAAUCCUGGUCCAACAAGUGGGGAUGAAACGGUACCAUACCAUUCUCUCUCUUGGUGCAAGAACUGGCUAGGAUCAGAAGUGAACAUUACAAGGGCUCCUCAGUCAGAACACGAUGGUUCCGAUGUUCAAGUGCAGUUAGAUGUCGAACGCCAGCCUGACAUGGAUAUAAUUUCUAAUAUGAAAAAAUCUCCAAGAGUGAAGUACAUAACUUAUUAUGAAGACUCUAAAACUUUGCCAGGGAAGCGAACAGCGGUUUGGGAGCUUGAUAAAGCAAACCACAGGAAUAUUGUUAGAUCAUCAGUGCUGAUGCGGGAGCUAUGGCUUGAGGUGUGGCACGAUAUGCAUCCCGACAAAAAGUCCAAAUUUGUCACCAAAGCAACUCGUGGACCUCUGAGGGACGACGAUUGCUAUUGGGACUAUGGAAAAGCUCGAUGUGCAUGGCCAGAACACUGUGAAUACAGAUACCUUUUCGGAGAUGUUCAUUUAGGCCAAAGCUGCCGGCUAAAAAACUCCUCUGCUGAUCUGUUAUUGAAAUAUGUAUGAACCCCAAGAUGCCACUUUCCAGGUACCCUCAACCUUAUUAUUCUGGACGCUUCGACCCAUAUCUAAUCAUGAUCUUGCAAUAAUGAUUUAUUCUUAUAAUUUGUUUAAUUAGUUAAGAGAGAUUUAUUAUAUCCUUAAAAUGGUUGUAAAUUUUGAAAGUCGUUUUCUCAUACGCGUGUAGCUUGUAGAUAUUAUUUAGUAGAGAAUUGGUGUC